AUGGCUACCGUUUGCACCGCUUCUGCCCUGACCGCCAAGGCGGCCGUCGCCGCCCCGCGGGCCGCGCGCGCGCAGGCCACCGCCCGCGCCUCGCUCUCCGGCAAGGUCUCGGCCUUCCGCGGCGCCCGCCUCGCCUCGUCGGCCCGCUCGGCCAAGGCCACGCGCCGCGCCGUGCAGGCCCAGGCCAAGAUCGGCGAGCAGCUCGAGGAGUUCCUGCUCGAGAACGUCUCCGACGCCAAGCUGCGCCAGGUGAUGCUGGCCAUGUCGGAGGCCUCGCGCACGAUCGCGCACAAGGUCCGCACGGCGUCGUGCGAGGCGCAGGGCUGCGUGAACUCGUUCGGCGACGAGCAGCUCGCGGUGGACCUCCUCGCGGACAAGAUCCUCUUCGAGUCGCUGCGCUACUCGGGCGCAUGCGCCACGGCGUGCUCCGAGGAGGUGCCCGAGCCGGUCCCGAUGACCGCGGGCGCGCCGUACUCGGUGGCGUUCGACCCGCUCGACGGCUCCUCGAUCGUGGACACCAACUUCGCGGUCGGCACGAUCUUCGGCGUGUACAAGGGCGCGGAGCUCAAGGACAUCAACGGGCGCGACCUCGCGGCGGCGGGCAUCACGCAGUACGGCCCGCGGACGGUGUUCUGCGUCGCGUUCGACGAGAUCCCCGGCACGCACGAGUUCCUGCUCAUGGACGACGGCAAGUGGGUGCACGUGAAGGAGACGCACUCCAUUGGCCCGGGCAAGAUGUUCUCGCCGGGCAACCUGCGCGCGACGUUCGACAACCCGCAGUACGAGAAGCUGAUCUCGUACUACAUCGGCGAGAAGUACACGCUGCGCUACACGGGCGGCAUGGUCCCUGACGUGUUCCAGAUCAUCGUCAAGGAGAAGGGCAUCUUCACCAACGUGUCCUCGGCCUCGACGAUCGCCAAGCUGCGCAUCCUGUUCGAGGUCGCGCCGAUCGCGCUGCUCAUCGAGAAGGCCGGCGGCGCGUCGUCGAUCGACGGCAUCUCGGCGCUGGACGUGCCCAUCACCGAGUACGACCAGCGCACGGGCAUCAUCUACGGCUCGAUCGAGGAGGUCAAGCGCUGCGAGGAGUACCUCUACGGCAAGUCGGAGCGCUUCGCGGACGUGUCGGCCUAA